CACUCGACGUCGCUAGCCAUCGUCCACUCCAAGUCUCAAGACGCCCGACAACUAAAAUGACUAAGAAAAGAAGAAAUGGCGGUCGUAACAAGAAGGGCCGCGGCCACACCACCUUCAUGCGCUGCUCAAACUGCUCUCGCUGCGUCGCCAAGGACAAGGCUAUCAAGCGAUUCACAGUGAGGAACAUGGUCGAGAGUGCUGCCGUGCGGGAUAUCAGCGAGGCUAGCGUUUACCCAGAAUACGCUAUCCCCAAGCUGUAUAUUAAAAUCUGCUACUGUGUGUCGUGCGCUAUCCACUCCCACGUUGUCCGUGUGCGAUCUCGCGAGGGCCGUCGCAACCGUGCUCCUCCCCCACGAGUCCGGUGGAAGGAUGGCAAAAAGGUCAACCCAGCCGUCGCUGCUGCGGAAGAUGCAAAGGCGGCUGCUGCUGCGGGCAAGGCAUAAAGUCGAAAGAUUAUGUUUCUACGCUCUUUGUAUACUUUUCUGUCCUGCCGCAUAUGAACCAUUUGCAUCCCAUCUACCAUUUGAGUUGAGCUAUCUACGCCGGAGGAUAGUUGACAUCAUGCACAGCUGUAAAUUGACGUGCUGUGGUAGUGUAAAAUGAGUACAAAAAUCUCUGACAUUCACCACCAUGUCUCUUUUGAUAUACGAAGAUCUUCUGGAGAAAUUAUCUAGUAAGCCUUCGUGGUCAGGCCAGCAUGAAACCGUGAGCGGAUCCGGACAGAUUCGAAGAUUUGUGACCUAAACGAAGACGCAGGAGCUGUUGGAACCAUUUACGUUCAUCACCUCAAAUCCCGGAAAAGACAUGCGUAGCAGACUGAUUGAGGCAUUCAACAUUUGGCUCAAUGUUCCAGAGGAAAAGACCAAAGUCAUUUCCCGUAUAGUAAAUAUGCUGCACAACGCCAGUCUUCUG